GGUCAUCCCUGUGCUGUCCGCAGUCUCUGGUCAUCUCCUGUGCUGUCCGCAGUCUCUGGUCAUCUCCUGUGCUGUCCACAGUCUCUGGUCAUCUCCUGUGCUGUCCGCAGUCUCUGGUCAUCUCCUGUGCUGUCUGCAGUCUCUGGUCAUGUCCUGUGCUGUCCGCAGUCUCUGGUCAUCUCCUGUACUGUGUCCGCAGUCUCUGGUCAUCUCCUGUACUGUGUCCGCAGUCUCUGGUCUCUGUCUCCUGUGCUGUCCGCAGUCUCUGGUCAUCCCUGUACUGUUCGCAGUCUCUGGUCAUCCCUGUACUGUGUUCCGCAGUCUCUGGUCAUCCCUGUACUGUGUCCGCAGUCUCUGGUCAUCUCCUGUACUAUGUCCGCAGUCUCUGGUCAUCCCUGUACUGUGUCCGCAGUCUCUGGUCAUCCCCUGUACUAUGUCCGCAGUCUCUGGUCAUCCCCUGUACUAUGUCCUCUGUCCAUUAGUUCAGAAUUUUUUUUUUCCUGUAUUCUGCCUCUA